UUUCGCAAUAUCAAUUGCAGUAUAGUUGUGAUCGAUGUGAGUUAAAGAUCUAAUAUUUGCGUAUGCACACAUAGCGGGGUUUAUAACAGUGAACUAAUUUGCGUAAAGCGCACUUUCAUUUAAGUAAAAUACAUUAUUGAAUAUACUGAUAUAAUGGAAGCCACUGCUGUUUCGUUUGCGGAUCAAGGGUCAGAUUCAGUUGUUGAGUUUUGUUGCGCGGAAUGCGAUGAAACAAAAGAAGCAAGAUUUGAUUGCGAAAACUGCCUUAAAUUUUACUGUGAAGAAUGCAUUGAACCACACAACAAGCUGUAUAAGAAACAUAAUUCCUUUGCUAGAGGCGGAGUGAAUAAAUGGCCGCUUGCCAAGAAGUACAUGGAUUUUCUAGAACGUUGUGAAGUUCACAAGGGAAAACAAAUUGAAUUUAUAUGUGAGGGCCACGACAAGCUCUGCUGCAAUACAUGUGUUCUGCUAAACCAUAGAACAUGCGAUGUAAAAUUGUUGUCUGAAUCAGUAAUUAAUAAACCAUGGCCAGGAAUUCGGAAACUGUCGACCAAAAUACAACAUAUUCAGGGACAAACAAAAGAAAUGAAGGCAAACUUUCGGAGUGAACUAGAAACAUUAGAAGUAUCUUAUAUUCAACGGGUGCAUGAUAUUAGAGACGUGCGCCAGAAAGUCAUUACUGCCUUGGAUAUGCUUGAGAAAAAUACGUUGCGAGAACUUGAUGACAUGAAGAGUUGCUUCCAAGAAUCACUUAAGUCCAAUAUCGAUGAUUGUACAAAGAUUAACGCGGACUUACACAUGUUCAAUGAUAUACUACCAGACAUUGGAAAUAAGAGCAAGGAAUUACAGUUUAUUGCCGGAAAAAAAAUCAUGGACAAAAUACAGGUAUCGGAAAAUAUAUCAAUGAUAAUUCUAUUAAAAUGGAUUAUUCAAUAACAUUCGUUGCAAACACGGGAAUCGAGAAGUACCUAUCCAAAAUGACUCAUCUCGGUAUCAUUGUGCAUAACAACCGAAAAAUGCCACCACACGGUAACCAAAAUGAAAUAUUCACAUUAGAAGAUAAAUACGCACAUGUUGUACAAUUGCAAACAUGCUUCAAUCAAGAACGUGAAAAUAUAAGCAUUUCUGAACGGCCCAAUGAUGAAAUGAAUCUGAAUAAUGACGACGCGUCGACUAAGUCGGAUGAUGAAAUUCAUAUUCGAGGUACAUGUAUUUGCGGUUUUCUUAGCGGUCAUAUUGUUAUUGCUUUUAGUAAUCAGACAUUGGCGCUAUUUGACCAGCAAUAUCGUUCAAUCAGUCAUACUGAAAUAUCUGGGACCUGUACUGAUAUUUGUACAAUCAGGCCAAAUGAAAUAGCUAUUGCGUUAUCGAAUAAGCCUGAUAGUUCUGAUGAUGGUAGUUCUGGGGAUGAAACAAGCGAAAUGGACACGAUUCACCAGGUUCAACUUAUCGGUUUGGACAAAGGGCAACUAAUCAAGGACAUGGUAAUACAUCUUACACAUUUGUGUAUUGGAAUUGCCAGCUACAAGGAUGAUUUGUACGUUACUUCAGGCACCGCAUUGUAUCAUUACAAAAUGACUGGGUCACUGGUUGAAAAGAUUUACGAGGAUAAAUCGGACAAUCGUACAGUUUGGAAGUGCGCAGUUGGCCUCCAUGGCGACAAGAUCUUCGUAACAAACACAAAUAAAGACUGUCUUAUCACAUUAGCCAUGGAUGGAUCCGUGCUAUCGAGAUUAGAUGAAAUAGGUUGCCACACGGAUAUACAUGUUACUCCGUUAGGACAGGUUCUGGUCUUUAGAUAUACACAAGGAAUCAUACAGAUAGACGGUGAUGGGCGGACGAUAAUUUCCAAAUAUGAAAAGAUUUCUAAUAUAGACUUUACAGUGCAGUCCGUUUUUUACAAUCAGAUGACGCAGGCAAUCAUUUUGACUGAACAAGAUGAUGAUAUAGCAUGUAUUCUUGUGUUUGAAAACAAAUAAUGUUAACAGUUUGUGCCCAUAGUAUAACUAUUUAACGCUAUGUUUUUUUUUUCAACAAAAAUAAUUUAGAACAAUGACGAACUGGCUUAGUACUAAAGUUGUUUUAAACAAAUAUGUUUAAAUAUAAAAAAAUGUUUUUUUUAUUCAAUAUGAAACAUGAGAUGUAUAUAUGUUUAUGAUCACAAAACAAAGUGAUACCAUGUAGUAGCAAUUAUGUUCAAACAUAGCAGACAAGAUAUGCUUAUAUAUACAUAUUUUGGACCUUGUGUUUUCCUUUAGAUUUAAAAAUGGUUUAUGUGUAUUUUUUACCUUGGGUGUUUGUGAUACAUUUAGAUGCUUUAAAAUCACGGAAAACAGAAUAAGUAUAACUAAAAAGAUUGAAUUGCAUAAGGUUGGUAGAAACAAAUGGACUGGAUUAUUAAAGUUUAAUGUGUUUCCAUUUAAUAUAAAAUAUGUGAAGUGUAUUGUUGAAAGCUAUUUUUCUUUUUCAAUUUCAAUCUUACGUUUUCUGUAUUUCUUGCUGAAUAUGAAAUAUUUCAUUUAUAUAAUAUUAGUAAGAGCAGCGUAAUAAACCUUCAGUAUUUUGAAGGUAUUUGUCACUUGCUGAUGUCUAAACCAGAUAGUUUAACAUUUAAUUGUUGUUUCUCACUAGAAAUGUUAUAAAUUGGUUCAAUAGAGUUUGAAUAUGUUUACACUCCAAGCACAGAUGUUCUAUUGUUUCAAUAUGUUCACUACAUAUAUCACAUAAAUUUGUGUUUGAUAGGUUGCACUUAAACAUAUAUUUAUUUGUUGCUAUGAUUCGCUUGAUGUAUUUAUAUUGGACAUUUCUCAGUGUGCUAUCAGUAGUGUUUUAAAUGGAAUGAUAUAUAUUUGUUUCCAAUAACAUUCAUUUUCUCCAAGAAGGAUUUGCCAUUUAAUUUGAGUUUUGAAGGUUUUUGAAGGGUUUUUAAUUUGAAGUGUGCAAAUAUUUUGUAUCAACAUUAUUGUUACUUCACAUUUUAUAGCUCGGUUGGAAUAACGUGUAAAGGUGCGGUCACAUAGCGCAUUACGGCUAAAUCACGUACAAAAAAGAAAUGAAAAUCUUUUUUUUACUUGGUCGAAAGUAUUAAUUUCUGGUAAAUGUUGGCUUGACUAUGCUUUGGGCGUGCUUUGUACUUGGUCUGGCAGUUGGCGUCUGAUCCACUGCUGAAACAUCGCCUAAGCAAAGCUAACCACUUCCAGCCGCGUGAAAGGUUCGAAAUAUGUUCGCGAUUGUUUAAACGGGGGCAAAAAUAGGCAAGUUUCCACGGCUAGCCGCGGCCUUAUCGGGUCUGGAGCACUGCUGAUCACGUGCCAUAGCACUGUCCAGUCACGGCUCGGCCUCGUCGGAAGCGCAGCUUUGCCUCUGCAAAGAAGAAGCCAACUAAGUAUUCGAAGAACAAGGCCAAUGCCCCAGAUGAGGAUUAGGCUCUUCAAGCCUCACAUGCCCAGGUAACGGUUCAUGUCAAGGCCAAGGUCCAUGCUUCUCCUGCUGAUGCUGCCAGUCCAGGCCAUGGACCUUAGGCUAAUUCUUACCAUGUUGCUCAUGGAGAAGCAGAGGCUGCAGUUGAUGGUCAGUACUUUUUAUUUUGAUCAAUUCACUGUAUUUUCCUUUGCAUUUUUUUCUUUCAAAUUUUACAUUUCGAAUUUCUAUUUAGAACUGAAAAUCUAAAGCAAGUAACUAAAUAAAUUGUCACUUAAUGAACUUUUUUAUGUUAAGGUGCUACUCCUGUCGCCAAGCCAGCUUCCAUCCCUCCUGCAAACACCACUGCUGCCAACAUUACCACAUACCUCUGUUGAGAUCCCUGUUGCUGGCACCCAUGGGGCUUGGAGAAUACAUCGCCACCAAGCCAUUGAGAAGGAGACACACUAAUAGUGGAAAAGGUGAAUCCUUCUACACCUUUUCAAGUCAAGGAGGAAGAACCAGUUCUCGUAAGCAAGGGCCGUGGACGGAGACAUGAUAAGGGAAAGGCGUAGGCUGCCUAUCAUGCCCCAAGAAGGACUGGUGUCUUGACGCAGCUAUAGAAAAGGAUGUUCUCACGAUUGUGAUUUAACAAACACCUCGGGGUUAGAAAAUAUCCUACCCCUUUUACAGGCUUCAAUUUAAUUCUUCAUUUGUAUAAAGAUCCAGAAAAUAUUAUAACUAUGUGUAAAAAAGUUUGACAUUGAAAAGGCAGACAUCAGCUGAAAGGAUGAGAAUUCACACCCAUGCGUUCUAGAGUAGCUGAAGGCCAACUGCAACCUCUGGGUGCGAAGCAAGAAAGGUUAGAAGCAGAAGAUUGCUGCCUGGAAGAUAAAGACCAAAUAUCAAUGUGGAAAACCUAAAGAAGGAGGUCUCCUUGGUAAGUGCCGGUGUCAUUCUCUUUACAAUUUCAUCGUACAUCGCAGGAGGCAUCCUCAUGGAGUUCUGAAAAGCUUUUGGAUCUUCGUUACUCAGCUCGACCAUGAGGUCGUAAAACCCCAGCUGAAGUCCCCUCGAAAUCCAGUCACGCACCCAGAUAUUCCGUACUACCCUUCCCCUCCUCUUCAUACUUCCAAUUCUCUAAGCAAGAAUAUGUUGGGCCCGUAUCAGUUAAUUCUGCUGGUGCUGGAGCAAGAAUAUGAUAAUAAUAUGGCCAUCAAAGUGCAUGUUCACCCCUUGACAUCUAGACUGAGAGUGAAAAAGAAAAUUGCUGUAUGUAUAUUCCGCAAAUCAGAAGCGAUAUAAGCGUGCUUAGAAAGAAAAUAUUGGUAUUGAGCACUUGUUCGAUACGUCGUUUCAACGGUCUUAGGUAGUGCUAUGUGCGCGGAAAACCCCACUUGUCAGUGAUAAGCCGCAAAUCACACCCCAUUUCCCUGGAUACCAACGCGUAACACCCGUCCGAUGACCGUGCUCUGCCCGUGACAGUCCGCUAAACUUGUGCGUCUUAUUACGUCUUCCAACGUUUUAAUCACUGCCGGAACGCGAAUUAUCACUUGUGUUUAACGUGUAUUGCACGUCUUUUCCAUGUGUAUCACCCGUGGUUGUCUGAGGUAUACAAUUUUGAACAGUUCAAAACUUUUUUCUACGUCCAACGCCGUUCAAAAUUUGCUCCGCGUCAUGCCGCGUCUGAAAAUCGACUCAAGAUCGUCUUAAACUCGACAUCAACGCGAACAACAUCGUCUAUUUCACGGGAGAUUUAUGUUUGACGCAAUGUUGGCGUGAUUAAGCCGUAAAUCGCUGUGUGACAAGGUCUUUAAUUACAUGAACCGUGCAUCUUUUUCUCCAAUACAUUGUCUUAACGGGUUUCCUUUAAUC